AUGACCUCGGAUGCCGCCUAUGCGAAGCCCAAACUGGGCAAGAGUGUAGAUCGAGAACAUAUUGAGGAGAUUACCUUGGCACGGGUGACAGAAGAGGACCUAUGGAAGUUGUCCGAGGAUUCUCUGAAUCUACGAUCGUGGACGGGAGUUCGCCUGGGUCUCAUCAUGUUCAUCCAUGGUUGUAACCAAGCUGGCUUUGGAAUCGACUGGGGUGUUAUCAGCGGUAUCAAUGCUUUGGAUUCCUGGCAUGACUACUUCGGUUUCGGGAGCAGUGGUGGCACAUUUGGUUUGAUCAAUGCUCUGAUGCAGAUUGGUAUCGUCUGCGGAGCACCCUUCAUGGGCUUAGCGGACGUGAUCGGUCGUCGUGGAAUCAAUUUCACCGGCAACGCCAUUGUCAUCUUCGCAUCUCUCAUGCAAGGUCUUGCCACGAACCUGCCGAUGUUCAUGGCCGGUCGAUUCUUCAUGGGCUUUGGGAGUUCGCUCAUGUCAAGCUCCCAGUACAUCGGCGAGAUCUCGCCUAUCCAUCUGCGUGGUGUCAUGGUCGGCUUUUUCGGCGCAUGUUUCCAGGUCGGUAGUCUUGCCAUGCUUGGUGCCAUGAUUGGGCUUACCGAGUUGCCUGGCAACAACUCCUGGCGUGUUCCACUCCUUCUUGAGGCAUUGUUCCCUGCUAUUGUCUGCGUGGGGAUCUACCUUCUAACUCCAGAGUCGCCCCGCUACUAUGUUUUGAGAGGCCAUCGCCAAAAGGCCAAGGAAGUCAUCGCCAAAUAUCACACCACUAGCGCCGACAUCAAUCAGCCCAUUGUCGAUGUAGUAGUGACACAAAUUGAGGAAUCUCUCGAAAGUGACCAGACCGGCUACAGGGCUGCCUGGGACUAUCGCGUCUUCUUCACCAAGACGGCCCGUUUUCGACUGCUGGUCUUGCUUCUGUACUCGCUCUUCCAGCAAUGGAAUGGAGGUGGCAUUAUCACCUACUACAUGGUUCCUUCGUUACAGCAACUUGGCAUCAAGGGCGAGAAGCAGCUACUCGGUAUCAACAUUGGCACCACCGCAGUCUAUUUCGUCUUUACGGCUGUUGGCGCGCUUAUCAUCGAUAAAUUCCGCAGACGAACCAUGAUCUUUGUGGGCCUGAUCAGCAUGAUUGCUUUCCAAACGGCUACGACGAUCACGUCGUGGCAGUACAAUCUCCAUGCCACCGCCGCGGCGGCUGCGCUCACCAUUCUCUGGAUCUUCCUUUACCAGACCUUCUCAGCUACAUUUGUUGCGACCAUGCACAACUUGUACCCAAUUGAAAUUCUCUCUCUGCCACUUCGUGCUAAGGGUAUGGGUCUUUACGGUCUUCUUCAAGGCGGUGCCGGAGCCGCACAGACUUACGGAAUUGGCGUUGGCAUCGAAAAGGUGGGUUACAAGAUCUGGGUCGUGUACAUUGUGUACAACUCGAUUCAGCUCCUCUUGUCGUACUUGUUCUUCCCAGAAACUAGCCGUUUGUCUUUGGAGGAGAUUGAUACCGUGUUUGAGACCCCGGGAGUCCACCCGGUGAAGGUGUCUUUAGAUAUUCAGGAGGCCAAGAAAGCAAGAGAGACGGCGGGCCGGGACGAAGAGGGCAGGGCUCAUCGAUAA